CAACACACCUCAUUCUAAUGUGGGUCCAUUCAUAUUCUUCUCCCAUAACUAAGCCAACACAACUCCUCAACUCACUCAAACCCCAUCAUUGCCAUCACUAAAAUUACUUCCCACUCUUUCUUUCUUUCUUCACCAACAUGUCUCAUUCACACUAUUCUUUGCUCUAAAAGUUAAACCAUGUGUUUUAAUAUUGGGCGUCAAAAAUAAAACACUAGAGAUAAAAAGAAAGUUCUAGUUUUUGUGAUUGUAAAAGGAGCUAUAGCUAGCUAUAUAGUGCAAAGUUCAAAGGUUUAUUUGGAUUUGGUGUCUAAUGGGAAAUUGUUGGUUUAGGGAAUCAUCAGAUUAUAGAGUCUCAUCCAAUGCAAAACCAGAACAAAACCAGGUAGCAGUGAAAGAAAGAUAUGAACAUGAUGAUUGUAAGUUACCAUCAAAUCCUAAAGAAGUUGAAGAUCUCCGACGCGAUUCAGCUGCAAAUCAUUUGAUUGCAUUCACUUACGAUGAACUAAAGAUAAUAACCGGACAUUUUAGACCAGAUCGUGUGUUGGGUGGUGGCGGAUUUGGAAGUGUUUAUAAAGGCUUUAUUUCUGAGGAGUUAAGAGAAGGCCUUCCUUCAAUUCCUGUGGCUGUUAAGGUUCAUGAUGGAGACAAUAGUCAUCAAGGUCAUAGAGAAUGGCUGGCAGAAGUGAUAUUUUUGGGGGAAUGUUCACAUCCAAAUUUAGUGAAAUUAAUUGGAUACUGCUGUGAAAAUGAACAUAGGGUGCUAGUUUAUGAGUACAUGGCCAGAGGAAGUGUGGAAAACAAUUUGUUCUCAAAAAUUUUGCUUCCUUUGCCAUGGUCCAUAAGAAUGAAGAUUGCAUUUGGUGCUGCCAAAGGACUUGCAUUUCUUCAUGAAGCAGAAAAACCGGUCAUCUAUCGUGAUUUCAAAACAUCAAAUAUUUUACUGGAUCUGGACUAUAAUGCAAAACUUUCUGACUUUGGCCUUGCUAAAGAUGGACCAGUUGGAGACAAGUCUCAUGUUUCUACUAGAAUUAUGGGAACAUAUGGAUAUGCUGCACCAGAAUACAUUAUGACAGGUCAUUUGACUCCUAGAAGUGAUGUUUAUAGUUUUGGUGUUGUUCUUCUUGAGCUUUUGACUGGAAGAAAAUCUUUAGACAAACUAAGACCAGCUAGAGAGCAAAACCUAACAGAAUGGGCUCUUCCUUUGCUCAAAGAAAAGAAGAAAGUGUUGAAUAUUAUAGAUCCAAGACUAGACGGUAACUAUCCAGUAAAAGGAGCUCAUAAGGCUGCAAUGCUUGCAUAUCAUUGUUUGAACAAGAAUCCAAAAGCAAGGCCUCUAAUGAGAGAUAUUGUUGAUUCAUUGGAGCCUUUGACAACAUAUAGUGAGGCCCCUAUUGAAAAAACAUUUACUAUAAUCACUGAGGUUGCUGAAACUGAUGUUAAAAAGAAAGAAGCAAAAUGACUUAAAAGUAGAGAGGGUAUUGUUUUUAGGUUAUAUAAGUUUUCCUUCUCAUGCUUAUAAAAAGAAGGUUCGUCUUAACUUUGUAACAAUUAUGCAGACUCCAACAACGACAUCGGGACAUGACACUGGCGGUUGGAUACUGUUAAUGUCAAAAAUAUAGGACACCGACAUUGUUACAUAUAUGAUAGGAUUUGAUAUUCAUUUAUCUAUCUAUUAUUUAAAAUUUUAGAAUAUUUCAUUUGAAAUUAAUGUUUUUAAUUUUUUAUUAUAAUAUU